AUGAGGAGAAUGCAGGAACAUUACAUAGCCUUGGAGGAAAUACAUGAGGAAUCAAAGGAUCGAGGAGUGCAGGAGGAGAGUGCAGCGGCUCGUACGAUCACAAGUGAGACCCCCAGGCGACCCGAUAAACAUCUAGGACCACCACCGAGGGGAGCUGAAAAGAAAGAGUGGGUCGAGAAAGGAAAAAGGCCCCGACACGAGGCAAGGGCCUACACUCCUUUAAAUGCUCCACUAGAAGAAAUCUUCAAAGAGGUCGAGAAGAGAAACGACAUCAUCUACCCAAGCUCAAGGGGAGUACAAUUUGAAGAGACAAAGGAUCACCCCGAGUACUGUCACUAUCACCAGUAUCGGGGCCAUUCUACCAAAAAUUGCCGAGAAGUAAAAGACAUCGUACGACACUUAAUCCGAGAUGGAUACCUGAGGAAGUUCGUCCGACAGGCAGCACCACCAGCUACCAUACCCGAGGUACCAGUCCACCAAGUCAGAAUCGACAGAUCCACUAAGUUUGUAUGCAACACCAUUUCGCACUCGGCUACCCAGGGGUACGACCUGAGAUCGGGAAUCACAUCCAGAAUUCAUAAGAGAGACCAUAACUGCAAAGAGAUUUUCAGUAUGGCCAAGACCUUGCCAAUGGAUCCAUGGAUGAUGCAACCUAUCUCGUUCUCUGCCAAGGAUGUCCCACUAAAUGGGCAAGCCUAUGGGGACCCUUUGGUUAUCACUUUGAUGAUCAAAGAAUGGGGAGUGAAGAGACUUUUGAUAGACAAUGGGAGAUCGGUUGAAGUACUUUUCUAUGAUACCUUCAAAAGAAUGGAUCUAUCGGAUGACAUCCUCAUUCCAUCAACAUAUCGAAUUUAUGGUUUCAAUGGGACCGUGACUAUCCCAAAGGGCGAGGUAACUUUAAGAGUGUCGGAUGGGGGCGGCUACCUCGAUACGCUCACCACAUUCUGCGUGGCCGAUGUCGUCUCUCCCUACGAAGCAAUCAUCGGGAGACCUUGGAUCUCCGGAAUCAAGGGGGUAGCAUCGGCCUAUCAUCAAAGACUAAGAUUCUCAACGUACAAAGGAGAUAGUGGAGGUUAUUGGCGAUUCCCAAGCAACUAG